AUGCCUGUCUAUGCCUUGGGCUCAAAUGGCUCUUGUCAGCUCGGAGUCGGUCACGAAGAUGAUCUUUCUGCACCGUCAGUCGUUGAGAUUGAAAAGCUCGACGCCUCAGUCAAGUCCAUCAAAGCUGGAGGAAAUCACACUUUGAUCCUCACUAAAUCCGGCACCGUAUAUGUUACUGGUGAGAAUAGUGAUGGAAGAUGUGCACUCUCUACAGAAGCAGCGUCUAUUUCGUCCNNCUUCAUGCCGGCAAGUUUACCUAAAGUGGAUUUCAUCGCAGCAACUUGGGACGCCUCCAUCUUUGCAUCUGCCAAUGCGGUCUACGUUUGUGGCAGUGGCGCCAAAGGUGAACUGGGUCUUGGGCAGAGUGUAGUNAAAGCAGACUCUCCACAGCAGGUCGCAGAUUUUCCCCCUACUGGUACUCACAUUAUCGACUUGGCUGCUUGUAUGGGACAUGUUGUCGUGGUCUUGUCAAAUGGGCAGGUCUAUGGCUGGGGAAAUGGACUGCACGGCCAAUUGGGAAGCCCACUUAGUGUUGUCUGGCAACCUCGUAGACUUGAUGAUAUACCCUUCCGAGUUUCGCGCGCUGUCUGUGGCAAAGACUUCACAUGUGUUUUCGGCGAUCCUGCUCGUGGACAUCUACAAUUACUCGGCCUGGCAAAACGAGAUAGAUUCAACAUCAAGUCAAACACUCCUCAGACACUUCAAAAUUGGACCGAUGUACAAGCCACAUGGGGCAGCGUUUACGUUCUGCUAUCUGACCACAAAAUUGUCGCUUGGGGCAGGAAUGAUCAUGGGCAACUUCCUCCUGCCGAGCUACCGGUAACUGCUAUGGCAGCUGGUAGCGAGCACAUGCUAGUUCUGACGACUUCUGGCAAGGUGCUUGCCUGGGGCUGGGGCGAGCACGGCAACUGCGGCUUGCCUACUGAUGAACAGCGCGAUGUCAAAGGUCGAUGGAACGAGCUCGACGUAGGCAGUACCGUUCAGCAUAUCGGUGCUGGCUGUGCAACGAGCUGGAUCAUCAACGAAUGA